CGCUGUUAGAAAAUCAAUACCUACAGUCUCGCUAUUAGUUAGUCCAACAUAGUUAGAAUGGACGAGAACAGUUACGAAUAUCAGUGUAUGAGAGCUGAACUUCUCGGCGUCGAAAGGCCAAGUCUUGACGACUUCCUCAGCAACCAGAAGAAGCGCCAGGAGGCGGAGCACGUCGAACAGGAGGAGGUCGACGUCGAAAAUCUGAAGGAUGUCGAAAGAGAGGGCGAGGACUUUCGGAAUAUGUCCGGCGGCCUACACGAAUUGGGCAACAUUUUAUCGGCGACACAGAAAAAAUUAAACCGGUUCAAGGCGUCGUGCGGGUCACUGACGAACCUGCUAAAGAUACGUAUCGGCACCGCGUCCGGCUCGAACGAGUCGAUCAUUUUAAACUCGAACUCGUCGAACGCGAAUCAGGAGGUGACCGGUUUGGAUAACACAAGCUUGGCGGACUCGCCGAAGAAGAUCGCCGGCGACGAUGAGGUGAGGAAGAGCGAUUUGGCUGACGCUCUCGACAAUCAUGUGGACAAACUCGAUUUGCUCAUCGAAAACGCGGAGAAUUGCCAGUACAGUAUGUCCGAACAGAAUAAACAGAUGAAAAAGUUUCUGCGUUGAGGACGAUCGAUUUGUUUCCACGUUUUUGCUGUUUGUUUUAUAAGCGGUUGAUAUUUUGUUGUUGACAACGAAGUGUGAUGUGAUUGGCUCAAUCAUUAUUAAAUGUUAUAUAUUUCAGAGUGAAUUUUAACGUAGGUGUUAUAUCUUGUAUUUGUAGAGUGUCACAACACGUUUUAUCAGCUUGGUGCUUCCAAUCAUUUGAAUUGUUAGUAUAUUGGAUUUUUGAGAAAUAUAUCAUAAUCACGCA